AUGGGCCCAAACUUCACAGGGCAUCCCGCUGGGAUGGGACAUCCUGGCGUCGCCGGACACCCCAUGGGACCUGGCAUGCCUCCUAACUCUGCACAAGGUGCACCUGGCGGUGGAAUGCCGCAGCAGUUCGCUGGAGCUCACAUGGCCGUUGGCCCAGGAGGACAAGUAAAUCCUGCCUUGAUGGGUGCGAUGCCACCAGGUGCCAAUCCUCAUGCUCAUGCCUUACAGCACUUGAAUCCUGCCCAGCAGCAAAUGUUCCAGCAGCAGCACCAGCAGCAGCUGCAAAAUCAAUUCAACAACCCGAGCGCGAUGGCCGCUAUGCGCCAGCAGCAACUCCUCCAACACCAACAGCAGCAGGCGAGACAGGCUUUCAUGGCCCAGCAGGCUAUCCAAGCCAACAUGCAAGUCGGCGUCAAUGGCAUGCCUAUGGGAAUGCAACUAAGCCAGCUCAAUCCGCAACAGAUACAGCAGCUUCGCCAGGCCGGAAGGAUUGGACCUGGCCAGCACCCACAAGCCCAAGCUAUCAUGGCUCAUCAUAUCGCACUCCAGCAGCAACAGCAACAACAACAGCAGCAGCAGCAGCAGCAGCAACAACAACAACAACAGCAACAGCAACAAGCUGCUCAGAACCAGCAAAUGGCUGGAAACCCCGGACAGCCGAUGGGAAUGAAUGCUCAGGGUAUGGCUAAUGUGCAACAACAACAGCAACAACAACAGCAGCAGCAGCAACAGGCUCAAAUGGGAGCUGCUGGACAGAACCAGAUGGGCCAACCGCAACAAGGCGGUCAACCAGGUCAAGGCCAACCGCAGGCACAAGGUCAAGCUCAGCAAUCGCAACCAGGACCGCAAGCUCAACAGACACCUCAGCAAGGCUCUCAAGCAGGCACUCCGGCACCAAGCGGCCAGCAGACGCCAGCCCAAACGCCCGCGCCACCUACUCCGUCUCAACCGACUCCGCAGCAGACACAGAAUGCUCAGCAGCAGCAACAACAACCUCAAGGUCAACCUCAGCAGCCUGGUCAGCCGCAACAGGGCCCGGGCUCAGCACCACAAAUGAAUGUUGCUGCGGCUGCGGCGGCGCAACAGUUGGCCAUGUCGAACAACAUGUUUCAGCAGGCGCAGCGCAGAGAGGGCCUGAAAGGACAAUGUCUUUUGAAGUUGAUGCAGUUUUCCGAACACUUGAGUGGAUUUCCCGGGGCCAAGGCAAAGGACGACCUGUCGUACUGGAAUGGCUUUGUAGCGAGGUUCUUUUCUAACCACGGCCUUCUACGUCAUUCAGUCCUCAUAAACGAUGGCGAUGAGUCAACCGACAAGCAAUAUGAGAUUGCUUUCCCGGCCAUUGCUCGCUACUUUCACACGCAUUUCAGUAGCGGUGUCAGGAGUAUGCAGCUGAUUAUGGAUAAGGGGCUCACUGACCGUCCCAUGCCUGGCGAAGGUCACUGCAUCGAGAAUCAAAGGGCCAGUCUUGUUUACUGGUUCGAGGCCGGCUCACAUCUCGUCGCCACUGGCACUCUCCGAGUUCAGUUUGAUGGGGAACAGCGUAUCGAACUGUUUGAAUUCGUGACCACCGGACACGAAGAAUACAUAUCAAGGAAGCAAGUCAUCGAUGCUGCCAAGCCUGCCCACAUGUGGAUCAAAGAAUGGCACAAAGUCAACUCUCAAGACGGCAAAACUUCUCCUGAGAUGUCGAAGAAGAGCAAGGCGAAGCAGCUGAAGUCACCGCAGACGCAACCACCGGAAGUCCUCGUUGACUUGCCUGAUAAGGCCGUUAACAGCAAAGGAGUCACCGAGGCUGUGCAUCAAUUCUUAGAGAUUGUCGAGGUCAUGGGUCAAAUGCACCCACUCUUCGGAUUCUGCCAAGGCAAUCCCGGCGUUGGGCCUUACGCUGCUCUGGAGCAAUACGUCGGAACGUUUAUCAACGGACAGGCUCAGUCAGUGAACGGCCAGCCAAUGCCCCAAGGCGGUCCCCGAACACCGAGCUUUGGGCAGUUCCCGAUGGGCGCGAGUCCAGCAGCCGCACAUAUGAACCUCCCUGGAUCACCACACGUCGGCAGCCCAGCUCCUGGACAAAUGCAGGCGCCUGGCAUGCAACUUCAACCUAGUCAGCAAGGAACUAGUUCAAGUGGACCUAGCGCCAAUACUUCACCAGCGUCCAACAAGCGCCGACGACCGUCAGGUGUCAAGACGGAAGACGAUGGCUCCGGAGCAGGCACACCAGGUGGCGCGCAAGUCAACGGUGUAGGCAGAGGGAAGCCGCCUACUCCUCGAAUGCCAAAGCGCGUUAAAGGAAAUCCUUCAUGA